GAUACAAAUCUGGUUGCUCAUUAAUACAGGUGGAGUGUAUGGUAAACAGGUUAGGAUAUCAGUUAGGCCUAACAUGUAAUCCUGCUGUUAUGUGGCAACAUCCUGACACACUUAUUAAGCCAUGAUAUCUCUAAACUGCAGGAAAAUCUUGAUUGAAUAUAAUACUCCCCUCCUGCUCUGGUUCUCUUGCUUCCUUUUCUUGGGGCUAUUUGCACUUUUGAUUCCGAUCAGAUGGUAUGAAUCAUCCAGAUCUCACCUGGAUACCCUAGAGAUAAAACCUGCCUACUGCACUGUAUAAAUGCUGCAGUGAAUUCGAGUUAAUUUCUGAACUUAUAUUCACAGCAUGCCCAUACCAUUCUGUAUCUUUUCAAAACAUUAGCUGCUUUUUGCCUUGUAUGUUCUAUAGGAGUGUACUGUAAUGAUCACAAUCCUAUCUGCUGUCACCCAGAGGAGAUUAUGAUCCCUUUUGGUGCUUCUCUUAAUGUUUCUUCCUCAUGUCCUCUCAGUGGUGUUUCUUGGUCCCUGUUGCCUCUGGCUUGCUCAUUAGCAAUCUAGACCUAGACUCAAAAUUCUGUAAUGUUGACCGUGACUAUGUCAACUGUUAUGAGCAAUGGUCUUAUAAAACUGAAAUGAACUGUACCGAAUAUUAGGAAUUGCAGAGUAAUUAAGCACUUUCUCCUUUUCAUUGCCCUUUGUUGCCAACAUUGCAUUUGCUGUGAAAACAUUAUAUUCCCCUUAACCCACAACCAAUCCAACCUGGUAAAACUGCUUAUGCUUAUUAUUUAGUGAAUGCAAACCCAACAUAACUGGGUUUAGAGCAUUAAUUUUAAUUUGACAGCAGGUGGAAUCUUAACAAAUUAUAAAAAUUUAAAAAACUUACUUUGUGCGAAUGUUUUUGCUAAUUCAGUUUUGGGGGGGUAGCAGAUGCAUUUUAAACACCAAUAAUCAGCAUACAGUUUUGGGAAAAGCAGUAAAAGUCACUUUUCACAUGAAAACAUCAAAUAAGAAUAACUUUUCAUACUUGGGUACAGUUGAACCUAUGGUGCAGUUAUAUAACCUUCAGCUAGUGAACAAAACUCUUUACAGACAUUAUGCUCCCAUGCUUGUUGAAAAAAGCCUGACACUGGAGAGUCAUUUUCAAAAAUGUAGUUACUGAAAACUAUACUUGAAGGCAGCGUCUGUUUUCUUUCAGUUGUUCAUUACUACAGACAUGAUCAUAUAUUAGAAUGAGAGCAGUGGGUUAUUUGGUUUACAGUAAUGUCGGAGCUGCUGUGAAAAAUGUCAACACCAUCCCUGUGGUAUUAAGCGAAACUCUGUUCGAGUUUGUAACGUUUCAAUUGAAAUAUCGUUAAAAAGUGUUAACAUUUUCUCUUCUGGUCUCCAUGUGUUCCUUACUUUCAAAAACCCCCAGGACUGAUUGUAUGAAUGAGCAUUAAAACCGCACCGAAACUCGAGCCAAAGACUAACGAUUACUCCCAUGUUAGAGGCAGUCACACUCCGAGUAAUAGUUUUGGGGUGUGAAGUCUUGAGAGACUCGUUUGGCUAAUAAAUAAUGAAUGAACUUUAGCAAACAGGACAGUUGUAGAGCUUUGUGUUGCUCUUUACGAGGAAGCGGGGUGUGGUCGCUGGGAUUGGAGAACUGUUUGAAGGAAUCUGUGUAGCUAUAAAUCUUCCGUCGGUCAAAGUUGGUCUUGCUUAUCUACAUACAGGCAGACACCUACGUGAGGUGUGUGACUUCCCGGUAACAUGAAGCUCAGAGUAAGAGAACACGAUUACGGUAUGUGAUGUGAUGUGAUAGGUAGGGCUGGAGUUCACAAUGGCUGCAGAAAAUCAGGUAUUAAAGUCAUGUGUAGGUGCAGGUGAUGAAGUGCGACAUGAACACGAAGCAGGAUGGAAGAGCAGGAGAGCAGAGCGCGCGCGGGAUCCAGUGCCUCUCUCUCACCAGGUGGCUGGACACAAGUACGGCAUCCAUAAAGUCGGUAUCCUACAGAACUUUGAUGGCACGGUACUGAAACAGCUACAGCCUCCACCCAGAGGCCCAUGCGAGAUGCACUUCUACAAGCAGGUGUUUGCUCAAGACUGUAAAGAUCCACACCUGUUGGCCUUGCAACAACACCUACCCAAAUACCAUGGCACAUGGUCAACUCCAGAUAAACCAAAUGAGCUAUAUCUGAAGCUGGAGGAUGUGGCCGGGAAAUUUGUACGUCCGUGCAUAAUGGAUGUGAAGAUUGGGAGGAAAAGCUAUGAUCCAUUUGCCUCACAAGAGAAGAGGGAAGAGCAGAUUAGGAAGUAUCCUCUAAUGGAAGAGAUUGGUUUCUUGAUUCUAGGAAUGAGGGUUUACCACAUAGCUUCUGGAGCCUAUAUUAGCCAUGAACAGUUCUAUGGACGCAGUCUUACAAAGGAAACACUCAAAACUGGAUUAGCUACAUUUUUUCAUAAUGGAGAGGAGCUAAGAAAAGAUGUCAUUUCCAUAAUUAUUAAUAAAAUCCAUGACAUCCUGCACUGGUUUGAGGGCCAGAAGCAGCUCCACUUCUAUGCCAGCUCUCUGUUGUUUGUGUAUGAGGGCUCUCUUCACACAGCCAAUACAAAGAAUAAAAUUGAAGCUCUGAAAGGACAGAGAUAUCGACAAGCUGAGUCAGAGAACAACAAUGCUCAGCUCACCAACUCAAAGUUGAAGAGUUCCUGCAAGCAGGCAAACUGUAUUAGCAUUCACAAUGCCAUUCACCAUGUGAAGAAAGUGAAUGGGUUUGGGUCUCACUCUCUACAUCACCAGGGUAAAGGAAUAACAACUGACAUGUUUGAAGAAAAAAACACUGUGUCUGAGAGUUCAAAAGGAGGAAAAGAAGAAAAUGUGGAGGUCAGGAUGAUUGAUUUUGCCCACGUGUUUCCCAGUGACAGCUCAGAUGAUGGCUACAUAUAUGGACUGAGGAGCCUCCUCUUUUUUCUGGAGCAGAUUCUGCAAGACUGAUUAUAUGUCCUCCAAGUUUAAACCAUGUUAUAUAGCUUAGAAAACAUCUAUAGACAUUUUUCUAUCCAGUUUUUCUCAAAGUUCAUCGUGUAAGGAUGUUGAAAUAAGGAGGUGGCAUCAGUCAUCUGUUAUAUUAUGAAUUAUACAAUAAAUAUACUUAUGAUUCUACACAGUUUCUGAUGGUGCUAGAAUGCAGGAUGGGUUUUAACUCUGGAAAUCACCACAAAAAGCGAAUGUAAGUGACACUGAAUGUAUUUUAAUUUUAUUUUCGAAAAAUAUUACUGGAAGAUAAAAAAAAAAUGAUUUUAGAGUUCAGCUUUGAUGAAUGUUUAAGAAUAAGAAGGCAUUUAAUUGAUUAAAUUAUUAUGAUGUUCUUUAUAUUUCAGCACAACAGUUUAAAUUGAACUCAAUAAAUCGUCUAUAUUAGGA